AUGUUCAAGACCCUCCUCCUCCUCGGUCUCUGGACCCUCACAGCGACUGCCCAAUUCGGCUUCUUCGACCAAAUGUUCGGCAAUGGCGGAGGCCAGCAACAGCAGCAGCAGCAGCAAGCAAACGUGCGCAGCGACAGCUCGUGGUACCAGGCACAGUACGAGAACGCACAAUGCAGCCACUACCUCUGCCCCGGCACCCUCUCCUGCGUGCACUUCCCCCACCACUGCCCCUGCGCCUGGGAAGCGAAUGAAGACAAGGUCGAGCUUGGGGAUGGUAUUGCGAUCUGUGGGUCCAAGGGAGGGUGGAAGGAGGGUGAGUUUGCGAAGAAGGUCGAGUUGGCUCGGAAGGGGCUGUUGUAG